AAAAAGAGUAUUAGUUCAGUCUAGUGCAGGAACAGAAAACAGAUCAAUUGUUUGUUGAACAAUUAUAAAACUCAUACUUUCUGAACACAAUCAUAAUAUAUUUAUGUAGAACAAUAUAAAUAUAAGUAAUUCGGAUUUAUUUCGAUUGAAAAAUAGAUAGUAUUCUAUGUAAUCAUCAUAUCAAACAAUGUCGACUAGUAAUGUGAUAUGUGAAAUAUGAAGAAUCAGCAGAAAAAUCUGUGACAAUGAGCAAAGAAGCACGAAUUUCUUCGUAUGAAAUGGCACAAUACCGUGAGCGGUUAAGGAGUCAAAAAGAAUUUCUGACUGAUAUACUGUCUAAGAUUGAGAAGCAAAUACUUUCUUUACAGGUUGAACGAUUACAUUUAAGGAACACUUUACUUGGAUCAGAAUAUUCAGGACAAGAAAUACUACCAGAUGCAUCAAUUAAAAACAACUGUGUGAAAAAUGAGCCAGUAGUAGAUGAUUCAAAAAAUCUAACAGAAGAAUUAGAUUUAUCUAUAGCACCAUCCAUAAAUGAUUUUGAAGAAGAAACUGAAGAUGAUGAUCAAUUUAUUUGAUCUAAUAUAUCUUAAA